AGCACUGAAGCCGGGUUGCUGCGGCCGCAGAGCGCCGGGGGCGGGAGGAGUGAACGAAGAAGGCCAUGGCUGCCGCCGGCUGCUAAGGAGCUCGGCCCGCGAGCGCCUGCCGCCGCGGACGAUGGUGACCGCACGGGUUGGGCUGCUGCCGCCUCCGCUGCCGCCGCCUCCCGAGACGCAGCAUCCAAGGCCCGGCGCGGAGAAGCCGCCGCUGUGAGCCGCGCGGUCCCGGCCCCUGCUGCCGCCGCCCGAGAAGAGCGGGAGGGCAGGCGAGCGAGAGAGCCGGGGAGUUGCGGAGCCCUUCAGUCCGCCCACGGCGCCUCCCCGUGGGGAGGGAGGCCGCAGCCUGAGGAGAUGUGAAUUCUCUUCCCUUUUUGGUUUAGGUCUGCUCCAAGAAAAAACAUGGCUGCAAAGGAGAAACUGGAGGCAGUGUUAAAUGUGGCCCUGCGGGUGCCAAGCAUCAUGCUGUUGGAUGUCCUGUACAGAUGGGAUGUCAGCUCCUUCUUUCAGCAGAUCCAAAGAAGUAGCCUCAAUAACAACCCUCUUUUCCAGUACAAGUAUUUGGCUCUCAAUAUGCAUUAUGUAGGUUAUAUCUUGAGUGUUGUGCUACUAACCUUGCCCAGGCAGCAUCUGGUUCAGCUUUAUCUAUAUUUUUUGACGGCCCUGCUCCUCUAUGCUGGACAUCAAAUCUCCAGGGACUAUGUUAGGAGUGAACUGGAGUCUGCCUAUGAAGGACCAAUGUAUUUAGAACCUCUCUCUAUGAAUCGAUUUACCACAGCCUUAAUAGGUCAGCUGGUGGUGUGUACGUUAUGCUCCUGUGUCAUGAAAACGAAGCAGAUUUGGCUCUUUUCAGCUCACAUGCUUCCUCUGCUAGCACGCCUCUGCCUUGUUCCUCUGGAGACAAUUGUUAUCAUCAACAAAUUUGCUAUGAUUUUUACUGGUUUGGAAGUUCUCUAUUUUCUUGGGUCUAACCUUCUAGUACCUUAUAAUCUUGCCAAGUCUGCAUACAGAGAGUUGGUUCAGGUAGUGGAGGUGUAUGGCCUUCUAGCCUUGGGAAUGUCCCUGUGGAAUCAGCUGGUAGUCCCUGUAUUGUUCAUGGUUUUCUGGCUCGUCUUAUUUGCUCUUCAGAUUUACUCCUACUUCAGUACUCGAGAUCAGCCUGCUUCACGAGAGAGGCUUCUUUUCCUUUUCCUGACAAGUAUUGCUGAAUGCUGCAGCACUCCUUACUCACUUUUGGGUUUGGUCUUCACGGUUUCUUUUGUUGCCUUGGGUGUUCUGACACUUUGCAAGUUUUACUUGCAAGGUUACCGAGCUUUCAUGAAUGAUCCUGCCAUGAAUCGGGGCAUGACAGAAGGAGUUACGCUGUUAAUCCUGGCGGUGCAGACUGGUCUGAUAGAACUGCAGGUUGUUCACCGGGCAUUCCUGCUCAGUAUUAUCCUUUUCAUUGUUGUAGCUUCUAUUCUUCAGUCUAUGUUAGAGAUUGCAGAUCCUAUUGUUUUGGCGCUGGGAGCAUCUAGAGACAAGAGUUUAUGGAAACACUUCCGUGCAGUGAGCCUUUGUUUAUUUUUACUGGUAUUCCCUGCUUAUAUGGCUUACAUGAUUUGCCAGUUUUUCCACAUGGAUUUUUGGCUUCUUAUCAUUAUUUCUAGCAGCAUUCUCACCUCUCUUCAGGUUCUGGGAACACUUUUUAUUUAUGUCUUAUUUAUGGUCGAGGAAUUCAGAAAGGAGCCAGUAGAAAACAUGGAUGAUGUCAUCUACUAUGUGAAUGGCACUUACCGCCUGCUGGAGUUUCUUGUGGCCCUAUGCGUGGUGGCCUAUGGCGUCUCAGAGACCAUCUUUGGAGAAUGGACAGUGAUGGGCUCAAUGAUCAUCUUCAUCCAUUCCUACUAUAAUGUGUGGCUUCGGGCCCAGCUGGGGUGGAAGAGCUUCCUGCUCCGCAGGGACGCUGUGAAUAAGAUUAAAUCAUUACCCAUUGCUACGAAGGAGCAGCUGGAGAAGCACAACGAUAUUUGUGCCAUCUGUUAUCAGGACAUGAAAUCUGCUGUGAUCACACCUUGCAGUCACUUCUUCCAUGCAGGCUGUCUCAAAAAGUGGCUGUAUGUCCAGGAGACCUGCCCUCUGUGCCACUGCCACCUCAAGAACUCCUCGCAGCUGCCUGGGUUAGGCGCUGACCUGGUUCCACAGCCUGCCGCUGGAGUCGAGCAGCACGCACUCCAGGGAGGUACUGAAGCCCCAGGCCAGGAGCUGCCUCAGGGGCCUGGGGCACAAGAAGGUUCUAGGGAUAAGGACGUUCCACAGCCUCCCGCUUACGCACUCCAGGGAGGUACUGAAGCCCCAGGCCAGGAGCUACCUCAGGGGCCUGGGGCACAAGAAGGUUCUAGGGAUAAGGACGAGGGCAUUGCCAGAAGAUCAGAUAGCCAGGAAGGGACUUGUGAUCCCAAGGAAAAUCCUCCUGGUGCAGAAGAUGAAGCUCUUCCUGUUGAGGUCAGCCUAGAAGAGAAGCAGCAGGAGUAGCACUUCACUCUCCGGAGAUGAAGUUAACUCAUGGUGGGAUCCGUGCUCAGAUUUGAGGAGCGGAUGUAUGAGGUGAUUAGGCAGGAAGCUUGACAUUCCAAGGAUCUCAUCCAGGAAGUGCUCUCAGUGGAGACCCCCUGCUUUCAUCCCCUUGACACUGGGGGAGGAAGUUUUGCAGUGUAUGCUAAUCAAAAUGUAUAUAUCCUAUGCUGGUGUUCAUCGGUAGAGGUUUGCCAAGAAAAUUCAACCUCAGGAACUUCAGAAACAGCCCCUGAUUUGUAAGGGAUAAAUAAAAUCAGAUUGGAGCAUCUGAAAGGGGCUAAAGGAAGGAGGAUGGCAAGCAUGAGGACGGCACAGGAGGCAGCAGGCAGAGGUGGAACUGACCCUUCACUUUCUACGGAACAGGACCGUUCUUGUUACAGAGUAUGAGUGGUGACCAGCCCUUUUCCUCCGCCCCCUUUCCCCUCAGUUAAUUGGAACUCAGUCAGGUGAUUAUCUGUACAGCACUGAAAUGAAAUCAAAGAUAUAAAAGCAUUGAUUGUAUUCAAAGAUUGAAGCACGCUCAUACUUCGUAUGUGCUUUGGGGGAGGGGGUGGGUGGGCACGUGGGCCUUGCGGGUGCAUUCAUGUAAUCCGAGACUCUUGAACUUUAUGAUGGAGUCUUCAAUAUUUUGAUGUAUAUGAAACUUUUGUUAAUACACUGUAUACUGUGUUGGCUGUGUGAAGUAAACUAAAACUCUAAUGAACACUUUGGAGUCCACGUUAGUGUAGGAGACCAAAGUGGGAAGGGCUUUAGGGCACUGAGAAAGGCCCUGAGUGUACUUUCCAAUCCUGUGUAAUGUUUAGUUCUUGGCAACUGAAUCAAAGCAGUGUUAAAUUAUGGCAAUAUUUGCACUUGGGGAAUGAGUACAUAACGUAUGAUCACACUCUGCAAAUGCCACUUUUAAAGCUGUUAAUAGACUUUGCACCUUUUCUUUGACAAGGAUGUGUCAUAUUUAAAUUUUUACAUUCAUCAUGGUUACAGGUAGAACUAGGGAGGGGGGAAUGUAAUUUUUUAUGGGAAUUUUGAUAUGAAAAGAAACUAGUCAUUUAUUUAUACAAUAGGCUUGGCUCAAAAAGUGUUUUUCAACUUGGUAUUCCUAAUGUGGGAUGUGACUUUAUUUUAUUUUUAGUAGCAGAUUUGGAUGUAGACUGACAUAGCUGAAUGUCUUAAUAAAUUUAAAUUUGAAGAUAA